ACAAACAAAAAACCGUCAAAAAUUAUCGAAAGGUCUCUCAGCUUCUCCUCUUUUCCGAAGAAGAUUAAACAUAAUCUCAUAUAAAAGAAAAGAUUCACACACUGUGUAUUGUAUGUUCAUUUUUUUUUUUUUGUGUGUUUUUCCAUUUCAGGCAAUUUCUAUGUCUCUCCUCUAUUCACUUUCUUAUUCAAGGGGGUUUUAGGGUUUUCAUCAAGUAAGAAAAUUUUCCAGUUUCUGCACUCGAAAUUUCAAGUUGAGUGAAUGGGGACCUGUUUGUUCCAGCUCAGUUCUUGGUGUUACAGAUCAAGAUAUGCCUCAAUUAGAAACUUUACGGAGUGUUACAGAUCAAGAUAUUCCUCAAUUAGAGAACUAAUCGCAUAGGAGGAGGUCAGCAGAGGAAGAAGUGUUUCUCCCUGGAGUUAUAUUUUCAAAUAAGCCAAAAUUCAACAACAACACGAGUUUUGUCAGACGGUGGCCUUUAUUCCCUUCGAGAUCUUGCAUCAAAGUUGAAACAGCCAAUGAGAGUAACAUAAAUACAACCAGCAUACAGCAUUCUUCAAAUAAUAUGAAGGAACAUCACACAAGUAUAGGAUAUGGAACACAGAGCAAGUCCAGCAGCCCCCUUGUCUCUAAUACACUGCAACAGCAUUUGUCUUCUGUAACUGAGCAGUUGGAAGAAAAAUGGUAUGCAAGUCCUGAGGAGCUCAAUGAGGGGGUUUGCACUAUAUAUUCAAAUAUCUACAGUCUUGGUGUUCUUUUUUUUGAGUUACUUGGUUGUUUUGAUUCUGAAAGGGCACAUGCUGCAGCAAUGUCAGAUCUACGCCAUAGGAUCCUUCCUCCUACUUUUCUAUCCGAAAAUCCCAAGGAAGCUGGAUUUUGCCCGUGGUUACUUCAUCCUGAACCUCUUUCACGCCCAACAACCAGGGAAAUCCGACAAUCUGAAGUGAUUAAUGGAUUGCAGGAGGUGUUUGCAGAAGAACUGUCAUUGUCCUUUGAUCAAGAUGAUUCUGAAUCAGAACUAUUGUUGCAUUUCCUGAAUUCAUUGGAAGAGCAAAAGCAAAAUCAUGCUUCCAAGUUAAUGGAAGAGAUUGGAUGCUUAGAAGCAGAUAUUGCUGAGGUUGAUAGAAGGCUGUGUCUGAAAAAUCUCUUGGUUCUCUCUUGCCUGCAAAAGAACUCCAUUAAUACAAGGGAAAACAAGUGCCUCAAUACCCAACCCUCAAGUUCAGAGCCGCAUUUGUCCCCAGUUCUUGUUGCAAAUGAAAGGAGGUUGAUGAGGAAUUUCAGUCAGCUCGAAAGGGCUUACUUCUCUAUGAGAUCUGAAGUCCAGCUCCCUGACACUGAUGCUACAACACGCCAGGAUAAGGAUUUACUGAAAAAUCGUGAGAAUCAGUAUUUAGCCCAAAAGGAGGGAGUACAGAAUCCCACUGAUCCUCUAGGUUCCUUCUUUGAUGGUUUGUGCAAGUAUGCUCGCUACAGUAAGUUUGAAGUGCGUGGAGUUCUGAGAACUGGUGACUUCAUCAACUCUGCAAAUGUGAUUUGCUCUCUUAGUUUUGACCGGGAUGAGGACCAUUUUGCUGCUGCUGGGGUAUCAAAGAAAAUAAAGAUAUUUGAGUUUAAUUCACUCUUCAACGACUCGGUUGAUAUUCAUUAUCCAGCAGUGGAGAUGUCAAACAGAUCGAAGCUUAGCUGCAUCUGCUGGAACAAUUAUAUUAAGAACUUUCUGGCUUCAGCUGACUAUGAUGGUGUGGUCAAGAUAUGGGAUGCAAGUACUGGUCAAAUGGUUUCUCAUUACAUUGAGCAUGAAAAAAGGGCUUGGUCUGUUGACUUCUCCAGAGUACAUCCGACAAAGUUGGCUAGUGGAAGUGAUGAUUAUUCUGUUAAGCUGUGGAGCAUUAAUGAGAAAAACUGUCUAGCCACCAUCAGGAACGCUGCAAAUGUCUGUUGUGUUCAGUUCUCCCCUCACUCCACUCAUUUGCUGGCCUUCGGUUCUGCAGAUUACAGAACCUAUUGCUAUGAUAUUCGGAAUACCAAAAAUGCCUGGUGUGUAUUGGCUGGCCAUGAGAAAGCUGUCAGUUAUGUGAAAUUCUUGGACUCUGGCCAGCCAUUGGAAGGGCAUGGAGAUAUUGGCAUUGGUCUUAGCAGCAUAGAAAUGGUGACCCUACCCCUUGGCAAGACAUUUGUGGUACGCACUGAUCAUAAAAGCCUCAAGUAUUAUGGAACCAACACAUCAUCACCAGCACAACAACGAUGGCUCAGUAAGUUGAUGGGAAUUGAUUUAAUUAUUGAGUACAAGCAGGGUAAAGAUAAUCAGUAG